UGACGAAAAACAGAUGAAUGAUGUGACAUGUUUUGGAAUAAAAGAGGACAAAAAAAAAAUGGCGGCUCGAAAGGUAUCACGCCGACUGGUGAAAUUUUAAUAAUGACGCUUUUGUCAUUGGAACUAAACCCGAAGUUGACUCGCGAACUUAUCAGGAAAACUACUAUGAAAUGAAAACACUUGUAGAAAAAUUAAAAUCAACUGUCCAAACAAUAACUGAAGAAGCUAGAGGUUCUAAAUCGGGAAAGAGACAUGUCAGCAAAGGAAAAUUACUCCCUCGAGAACGGAUAAACACUCUGCUGGACUCAGAGUCUCCGUUUUUGGAAUUUUCCCAGCUGGCAGGUUACCAGAUGUACGAAGAUCCCGUUCCAGCUGGAGGAAUCAUUACGGGGAUUGGUCGCGUCGCUGGGCAAAAAUGUCUGAUAGUAGCUAACGACGCAACGGUGAAAGGCGGGACUUACUUUCCGAUUACUGUAAAAAAGCAUCUAAGAGCUCAAGAGAUAGCCAGAGAGAAUCGCCUGCCGUGUAUUUAUUUAGUAGAUAGCGGGGGUGCGAACCUGCCUCACCAGUCGGAGAUUUUUCCUGACAAGAAUCAUUUCGGGAGGAUUUUUUACAACCAAGCGAACAUGAGCGCUGAGGGAAUCCCUCAAAUUGCGGUGGUUAUGGGAAGUUGCACUGCUGGAGGCGCGUAUGUACCUGCGAUGGCUGAUGAGAAUAUAAUUGUCGGUAACCAGGGUACUAUUUUCCUCGCUGGACCUCCGCUGGUUAGAGCUUCUACGGGUGAAGUUGUCACUGCUGAAGAGCUGGGUGGUGCUGAGCUUCAUUGUCACACUUCUGGAGUCACAGAUCACUUUGCUGUUGAUGACACACACGCGUUGUACCUAGCAAGAAAAAUAGUCUCGAAUUUGAAUCUCCAGUCGCCGCUGGAUGUCAAUAUAAAUAAAAUUGACACUCCUAAGCACAACGUAGAUGAAAUUUACGGAAUCGUUGGAGCUAAUUUAAAAAAACCCUUCGAUGUAAAAGAAGUAAUCGCAAGAAUCGUCGACGGUUCGCGGUUCAGCGAGUUCAAGCAACAGUACGGCGAGACUCUAGUCACGGGGUUCGCUCACAUUUAUGGCUACCCUGUUGGAAUCGUCGCGAAUAAUGGAGUCCUAUUCUCAGAGAGCGCUUUGAAGGGAGCCCACUUUGUCCAGCUCUGCUCCCAGAGGAAAAUUCCUCUCGUUUUCCUGCAAAACAUCACCGGCUUCAUGGUAGGAAAAGACGCCGAAGCCGGCGGAAUCGCUAAGAAUGGAGCUAAGAUGGUUACCGCUGUGUCUUGCGCUAGAGUUCCGAAGAUAACUGUCAUUAUCGGCGGCUCGUACGGGGCAGGAAAUUACGGAAUGUGCGGAAGAGCUUACUCUCCGAGGUUCAUGUACUCUUGGCCUAAUGCUAAGAUUUCGGUGAUGGGAGGAGAACAAGCUGCGGGGGUGCUUGUUCAGAUUGCUAAAGAACAGCGGCUGAGGGAAAAUAAACCUUGGAGUCAAGAAGAGGAGGAUAAGUUGAGGAGUACUAUUACUGAAAAGUUUGACGCUGAAGGAAGUCCUUAUUAUUCUUCUGCAAGAUUGUGGGACGACGGCGUUAUAGAUCCAGUCGAUACAAGAACAGUGAUCGCAAUGAGCUUAGCCGCUUGUGUCAACGCUCCGAUUCCUAAAACAAACUUCGGGAUCUUUAGGAUGUGAGGGUAUUUCUUAAACGAGAGCCAACAAAAGGAGCUGUUCUUAUUCUGUCACGGCUCGUUUAAUUCCAAUGCCUCCAAACUCUCAAGAUUUUUUUUUUUUUUUUUUUUUUUUUUUUUCAAAUUAA